UUUUCCUUCAAAACCCAUCAAGAAUAUAAACAAUUUCAAGAACCCAUCUCAAGAAAUAGCAUAUUGAGGUUUCUUUCGGUUGUUUGGUUUCUCAAGAAAAGAAAUGGACAGGCUUAUAAGCUUGGACCCAUCAAAUCUUGUAGCUAUCAGGAUUGAACCAGGGCAGAAAUGCUAUGGAGAGCUCACUUUGCGCAACGUUAUGUACACCAUGCCGGUUGCAUUCAGAAUCCAGGCUUUGAACAAGACAAGAUACACAAUCAAGCCACAGUCGGGAAUCAUUUCUCCUCUUGCAACUCUAACUAUAGAGAUCACUUACCAUCUCCUUCACACUUCAUUUCUUCCUGAAACGUUUCCUUUCUGCGAAGACACGUUUCUUUUGCACAGUGUGGUUGUUCCUGGUGCAUCGAUCAAACAUCCUACAUCAAAUUUCGAUGUAGUACCUCAAGAUUGGUUCACAGCCAGGAAGAAACAAGUUUUUAUAGAUAGUGGUAUCAAGGUCAUGUUUGUUGGUUCACCAAUUCUUGCUCAGUUAGUUGCUGAUGGAUCAAUGGAUGAGAUAAGAGAAGUCCUUGAGCGUAGCGAUCCAUCUUGGAAUUCAGCUGAUUCAGUUGAUUCUAAUGGACAUACUUUGCUUCAUAUUGCUAUAGCUCAAGGCCGUCCAGAUAUUGUUCAGUUACUUCUCGAAUUCAAACCAAAAGUCGAGCUUCAAAGCCGAUCAGGGUGUAGUCCUCUAGAGGCGGCUGCAGCGGCUGGUGAGGCUUUGAUAGUUGAGCUUCUGUUAGCUAAUAGAGCUAGCCCAGAAAGAUCAGAGUCAUCAACUUGGGGUCCACUCCAUCUUGCAGCUAGUAAUGGACAUUUAGAGGUUUUAAGGCUCCUUUUACUUAAAGGAGCCGAUGUCGAUGCUGUAGCUAAAGGUGGUUUUACUGCGCUUCAUAUGGCUGUUGAAGAAAGAAGAAGAGAUUGCGCUCGUCUUCUAUUAGCUAGUGGUGCGAAAGCUGAUAUUCGGGACGCUAGUGAAGGUGACACCCCUUUGCAUAUAGCUGCAAGGCUAGGAGAUGAAAACAUGGUCAGAUUGCUGUUACAAAAGGGUGGUGCAAAUAAAGAUAUCCGCAACAAGAACGGAAAAAUUGCCUAUGAUGUUGCUGCAGAAUAUGGCCAUAGUCGCCUAUUUGAUGCACUGAAACUAGGCGACAGUCUUUGUAUCGCCGCUAGAAAAGGAGACGUAAGAACCAUACUCAAGUUGAUUGAAAAUGGGGCAGCAAUAAAUGGAAGAGAUCAGCAUGGGUGGACUGCAUUGCAUAGAGCAGCAUUCAAGGGCAACGUCGAAGUUGUUCGCACUUUGAUCGAUAAGGGCAUAGACGUUGACGCUAAAGAUGAAGAUGGCUACACUGCAUUACAUUGCACAGUGGAGUCAGGCCACGUAGAUGUGAUUGAAUUAUUAGUGAAGAAAGGUGCAGAUAUUGAAGCUAGGACUAAUAAAGGUGUCACUGCACUACAAAUCGCCGAGUCAUUGCACUAUGUAGGGAUCAGCAGAGUGCUUAUCCGUAGCGGUGCCGCUAAAGAUGUUAUUAUGCAAUUAGCAGCACCGGUGCACCAGCUUCCUUUUGGGAAAGGCGCUGCGGGGACCGAGGCAGAAAAGACAGUCAAGAAAAGGCAGCCUAGAGCAAGACCAUUGAGGGGCAGCUUUGAUCGGUCGACUCCAUUAGCGGUGCUUUAGGCAUAAGAGUCUUUCUUUUGGCUUCCUCAUCACUUGCAGUUUUAAGGAUCAAAUUGAUUCUUUUUCUUGUUUUUGUAGCAAAGAUUUGUCUAAGUUGUUGACA